AUGGGAGAUUCAAGUACUAGUAAUGAAUCGUUUGAGGUAGAGGAAGAGGAGGAAGAAGAGGAAUUGGCUUAUGAUCAUGAAGUUGAAAAUAAUUAUGACGGUGAUGCAUUUGUUAAUGGAGGAUUUAGAGCAUGGAAUAAACCGGAGAGGUUUGAUAAGCAUGUUGGUGGAGUGAAUAGUGCUCAUAAUGUUGCUUAUGAGAAAUUUCUUUUGGGGCAAGGUUUGGCAUUUUGUGGGCAUCUUGAAAGUGAGGAGUCAUACAAUCGGGGUAAUUUCCUUGAACUUUUGAAAUGGCUAAGGGGAAAAGUGGAGGAAGUUAAAAAUCAUACUCUAGAAAAUGCUCCUAAAAAUUAUGUAUUGACUUUUCCUAAGAUUCAAAAAGACAUUAUAACUUGUUGUGCCAAAGAAACAACUAGGCGUAUAAUAGAAGAGGUUGGUGAUGAUUACUUUGCAAUAUUGGCGGAUGAUUCAAGUGAUGUGUCCCAAAAAGAACAAUUAGCUCUUGUUUUGCGUUUUGUUGAUAGAAAAAGUGGAGCGGUAAUGGAAAGAUUUUUAGGCAUUGUUCAUGUUGGUGAUACUAUCGCUUCUUCUUUAAAAAAUGCAAUAAUCUCUUUGCUUAUGGAACACAACUCGAUUCCAUCAAUGAUUAGAGGUCAAGGAUAUGAUGGGGCUAGUAACAUGAAAGGUGAAAUAAAUGUGCUUAAGACUUUGAUUAUGAAUGGCAUUCCUAGAGCUUAUUACAUUCAUUGUUUUGCACAUCAACUUCAAUUGACUCUUGUUGUCGUUGCUAAAAAAAAUGAUAAUUGUGGUUGGGUGUUUGAAAUUACUACAAACUUGUUGAAUGUAAUUGGGGCUUCUUGUAAAAGAAGAGAAAUGAUUUGA